GCUAAAAGAGAAGUGACAGCAGUAUGGAAUUAUUUCAAUGUUGCCCAUGGGCGACCAGAAGUUGCUGAAUGUAACAUAUGCAGUGUUGAAAUUAAAAGAGGAGCGACUGGUGCUCCUUCUAAAAAUUUUUCAACAAAAUCAUUAUGGACUUGUUUGCAGUCAAAACACAAAGAUGAGCACUCUUCUGCAAGUGAAUCAAAAACUUUAGAAACUGAAAGAAAAAAAAAAGAAAAAGCAGCAUGAAAAAGAAAAAGGUAAAGUUUAUGUUUUAAACAAAAAGCUUUACACCAAACAGUUAACUCUUAAGGACUCCUUAGAAGGGCAUUUAAAAUGGAGAUAUGAUAAUCCUGACCAAGUUAAAGGAGAGCAAUUGUUGAUAUAUUGGCUUUGUGAUGCCUUAAAACCAUAUUAAAGUCUCAAAUGACCAGUUCCUAAAAUUUAUAAACCAUCUGUCAAAAAAAUUUAAAGUACAAUCAGAAAAAAAUAUUCGAACAAAUCUUGUUCCAAACAUCAAAAUAAGAAUUCAAUAUGCAGUAAAAUCAUUACUUGAUGCCACAGCAUAUGAUAUCACUACUGACAUUUGGACUUCGCCAAUUAAUGAUUCUUUUAUGUCAUUUACUGCUCAUUAAGUAACAGAAGAUUUAAAAAAAAAUUGCAGUCCUCAGAUGUAUUCCAUUCAAAAUAUCUCAUACUGGUCGGAAUAUUUCAGAAGCUUUAAAGAACAUCUCUAAAGAUUGGGGACUAAAUAUUCAUAUUGUUAUUAGAGAUAAUGCAAGCAAUAUGAUUUUAGCAACAAAACUUUCUAGUUUUGAAAGCAUAGGCUGCUUUUGCCAUAUACUACAUUUAGUGGUACGAAACUCAAUAUAUGAGCAGAGUGGCGUCAAAAUAAUGCUAACGAGGUAAUUAUGUUCAACUUUUAAUACCUGUAAAGUGGUAAUAUUUUUUUUCAAAUUAGUAGUUUUGUUUUUAUUUAAUCUAAUUUUACCAAAAAAUUGUUUUUGAAAUAUUUAUUUUAAUUUCAUUUCAAAAGUAUUCAAUUCAACUUCUUAACUUUUUUCAACUUGUAAAUCAAAAACAGUUGAUAAUUUUUUGUCUAACUUGAGAUUAAGAAAGCUGGUUAAAAAGUUGCGAAAACCUGAAAAACUGAAAGGCAAAAGCAAUAUUUACCAAGUACCAGAGCCAAGCAUCAGUCCUACCUAAUGUCAUGAUACUUGAUUGCGAAACAAGAUGGGGAAGUACAUUUUUAAUGUUGGCUUGUGUAAUGCAACAAAAACAAGCUAUAAAACUUGCGGAAGACAACAUUGAGUUAGAAAUUUUCUCGGAAUCUAAGGUAAAAUUAAAAAACCAUAGUUUUAUAGUUUUUAUUUGCAUUAAUUUUAAUAUCAUUUAUUUAGUUAACUCCAAAUGAUUGGGAUCUUAUUCCUAAAGUUUUAUCAAUGCUUGGUCCAAUAGAUAAUGCUAGCAAAGUAUCAGAAAGUGAAACUGUCCUAAUUUCAGAUAUCAUCCCUUUGACCAAAAAACUAAAGAUGGAGCUUAAUAUUAUAACUCAAGGAGGAAUUGGAACCAUGAAAGAAGUUUUACUUGAACAAAUAGCACAUUAUCUUGAGGGAAAAGACAAUUGUUCAAAUUAUCCAAAUAUCUAAGAAAAUAAACUAUUGGGAGUAGCUACAUUACUUGAUCCUAGAUACAAAACUGCAGGUUUUCAAAACAAAAUUUAUUCUGAAAAAGCAAAUGAAAGUUUGUUGUACCUUAUGAUUAGUCAGCUAAGUAAAACUGAUAUUCAAGCAGAAUCAACCACUAGUAAUAUUAUUCAAGAAUCAACUACCGAACAGGUUUGCAAAUCGUCAUCAGUUAAACCAAUGUGGGACAGAGUAUUAGUAGACAAUGAGUCCGAUAAUGAAGAAAGUGACACAUUUUAUCUAAAUGCAACCGAGUCUGCUAAAAUUGAGCUUCAAAAGUAUUCAAAAAUGGAGCGAAUAGAUAUUUCAGAAGAUCCAUUAUUAUAUUGGAGUUUCAUGAAAAGCGAGUUGCCAAAGCUAGCAAACUUAGCAAAAGUAUAUUUAUGUUCACCCUCAUGCUCAACAACAAGUGAGAGGGAGUUCAAGGUUUCAAAGUUAAUACAAAAAGAUCGCAUCAGACUUACAACACAGAAUGUUGAAACACUUCUUUUUUUAAAAUACAAUUUAAGGGCUCUUUCUUAUUCAAUAUAUUUAUGUGAUGCCCCUGAAGACUUUACACCACCUAAUUCAAAAUACUAUGAUGUCUGGGACACAGAAUCAUCAGAAUCAGAGGAAGAAACUUAAAUUAUUAUAAAGUGUCUUAUUUUUUA